AUGGCGUCUAACGCAGCAACGCGUUUAUUGCUCGAGUGGAAUGUCAGUGAUGAGGUAAUUGCAAAUUUUACAGCUCAAGAAAUUGAUGUAGAGCAGUUUAAUAUAUUAACAGAAGAGGAUCUUAAAAAUCUGAUUCCAAACAUAGGACCCCGAAGAAAAUUCCAGAGUAAAGUACAAAAAUAUUUUAGUGAGAUUCCACAAUCGCAUAUGCAAGAGACGUCACUGCAACAGGAAAAAUGUGUUAAUAUAAAUUCUGUAGAAGAUAACACAUUAGAACAACAAAUUUUACGAGCAAUAAUAGUUGAAGAUACAAAGGAACAAAAUUUUAAUGCCGAUAUUCCAAAUAACAGUUCUCUCAUAUCAACACAUGAACCUCUGACUAUAGUUACAACUCCAAAGCAACAAAAUUUUAAUGCCGAUAUUCCAAAUAAUAGUCCUGUCAUAUCAACAUCUGAAAUUCUGACCAUAGUUACAACUCCAAAACAAAAUUUUAAUGCCGAUAUUCCAAAUAACAAUUCUCUCAGAUCACCUGAAACUGUGAAUACAGUUACUCCAGUACUUAGUGUCUAA